CGUACGUAUUCAUCAGCGUUUACAACAUGACUCAAAAUGGCUGUGCUCUUCUCCACUAGACGGCUACUCGGGAACUGAAAGAAAAAGCAACCUAAUCACACCAACAAUUUGUUCAGGUUUCACCCAGUUUGGACCAUAGAGGAUAAAUCCACUAUGACAAGCUUCCAGCCUUGGUUGUAAUUGUGGCGCACAUCUCACACACCUGCAUGGGGAGGAUGGAGAGCGAUUGCAGAAUCCCCAUGUUGUGCUUGAGGCCCAGAGUCCUGGCUUUGCAUGCACUCUUCUGGGGUUUGGUGUCUCUCAGAGUGUUUGGUGCAGCUCUGCUGAGUGAGGAGAAGACCACAGUGGCCAGGCCGGUAACCACCCCCUGUUGGCAGAUGGAGGAGUUUGUGGUUGCGGUGGAAUGRUCCCGGUGCACCGCUUUCCAGUCGAAGUCAUGGGCAGCAUGUARUCAGACGGGAUACGUGGAGAGGAUCAACUGCACCAAGUCUAAUAAAGAUGAGUACAAGAGCUGCCGCUCUACCCUGAUGGAGGAACACCUUUUCUGGAAGUUUGAGGGAGCCAUGUUGGGCCUUACCAUACUGUUCGCCCUCGUAGUGGUCGCUAGGCAACGUUCGCUGGACCGGCUUGCCUCCGAGAAAGUCCGCAGGCAAAUCGAGUCCAUCUAGCACGGUACACCGGAGUGAAGAGACUAGUAGACCUCAACAUAGUCGCUCAGCUCAUUUCAAACUCUUAAGAAUGAACAGAGACACCGAAUUUCAACAGCAUGGAGGUCUGGAGAACGGUAUAUCUGACAAUGGGCCAGGCUUACUGGAAAACAGUUUCUACAUUUUGUUGUUGAAGAAAUGAAAAUGAAAUCAAGAUUGACAAUGAAACUCCAGCCCUAAUUAUAACCCGCCAAAGCACAAAUGAUGAACAGUGUCUGGCGUUUUGUCAAUGGAAUUAAUAUCCCUAAAGGUAAUGGCUCUUCUGAGCAGUAAACUUGCGGUACUUUGAUCUAGACAAAGUCUGUGAAAUUGAUGAACGUUGGGAACUGGCUACAUUCUAAGUAGCAGARAAUUGAUGGAUUCGUUCAAGCCACAUACAUGGUUCUUUAAUUACGUUUGAAAUUAUWAUUUUUUGCCUGUAUACAGAAUUGUCUGACAAAUGCCAAACAAGUUUCUGGCACAUGUUUCUGUUCUCUGAGAGAACCAAGAAUAUAAUAUAGUGUCAAAUGCCCUGUCUCACUUGGAAACAUGGACUAAUAACUAGGUCUGUGACUCGAAUGGAUCUAGAAUCGGUCCUAUUGGGGCAUAAAUAAGAAUUUGUUCUUAACUAACUUGCCUAGUUAAAUAAAGGUAACUUUUUUUUCUUUUUAAGAAAAAAAUAUGGGAUGGGUUUGCAUAGUGUUACCGUGUACUGGAGUAUAAGUUUCAUGCUGCAAUGCUGUUUUCACCUUCGUGGGUUUCAUAUUUCCAAGGUUCAGUAUUGGUGUUCUGCCGAAAGUCUACAAUCACUAUGUUGUGAAAUCUUGUGUGUUUGGAGAUUCCAUUCCAGACAUGGUUCUAAAUGCAAACACUAACAUUUGACUACUAGUGUUUUUGAUAGGCUAUAGAGUUUCCAAUAUACACYACACACAUUCAUUUAAAAACUGUUGGAUUUCCACUGAUUGUGACUCACUUUUUUUUUUUUUUACUCCUUUUAAUGUUGGUGUCUGAGCUUAGUGAUUGCCAAGAUUUUCCAGAUGUGUUCAAACUAAUGAUUUUAUCAUAUUUUUACAUUUGAACUGUAAAUAAUGUAUUUUUAGGAAAGGUGUAAGAUGUUUUCAAACGUCAGCAGCUGACAGAUUACAAAAUAAAUGGGGGGGAAAUCUGA